GAGGAGAAUGUCCUCGAGGUCUGGUGAGGAGCGUUCAGGACGGAACGGAACAAAGAUGGGACCCUUUGUGCCCCGCUUUGUAGGUGACGAUCGUGUGGGCUGUGGAGCAUGGAGAGGGGUCGACGUGGUUUGUGUCGAAGACGAAUGAGACUUUGUAGUAGGUGCAGUGCUCGUCUUCGUGAGGCGAGGGAUGGGCAAUGGAUACUGCGACGGCGGCGCAGGUUUGGGCAUCAGACCCGAGUUGUUCGUGAAGGGGUGAGUGGCAAGAGGGUCGAAAGAGGAGAGGACGGAGUGGGUCAUGGUGGUAGAUUGGUAGUGGUGAUGGUGGUGGUUAACGAUCAAGAGUUCCGAUGUGUCGCAGAGGGUAUUCCGAGGAGACUAUAUGUAUGGAAUACGGUCAGGGCGUUACUGCUUGAAUGCGGGGAUGCCUGGUCGCGUAAUAUGACAGAUGUGUGGGGUAAAGGUGCCGGUGAACAAGAGUGAUUAAAUAGCAAACCCGAAAAAGUUAGAAUAUAGGUUACGGGGAAAU